AACAUAAAUUACUGUACUCAUAUUGCAAACCAACCCACAUAGCAUUUGAGCACUGAGAGAUCACGCUCUGCACUUAUUGCACCACUCGGACCAUUUGUAUCCGAGCCAUUUCAAUAUCAAAUUCCCUACCUUUCCGCGGGAUUCUCGAAAAAAGAGGACCUAUCGCACGGGUGCAUCAACGACCGACUUGUGGAUCACUCGCAAUCUUCAUCGACCCAUAUCGCUGCGCUUGUCGAAGUGGCUGCCUGUCAUGGCGUCGGUCACUUCGUUAGACGCUGAUAUGCGCAAUCUGCGAAUGUCCCGGUACACACCACAGGCAGCGAAUGAAGCCCGGAAUUGGAUCGAGUCCACUCUCAACACACAGCUACCAACCGGCAAUCUCCUUGCAGAUCUGAAGGAUGGUGUCCUUUUGUGUCAGCUCGCCAACCUCGCCAUCCAACCGCAACAUGCUCCGAUCAAAUGGAAGAAGAGCGCAAUGCCGUUCAUUCAGAUGGAGAACAUCAGCCACUUUCUCCGGGCCUGCGAACUGGCGCCUCUGAGUCUACCGGCUCACGAUCGGUUCCUCACUGUCGACCUCUUCGAAGCCAAAGAUGCUGCGCAAGUACUGCAAUGCUUGGGAGCCUUCAGCCGACAAGCGAAUCGCAUAAAUCCUUCAAGCUUCCCCACCACGAUUGGACCCAAAAAAGUCGGUGCGACGGCGCCGAUGAGUCCGCCGAUGACUUCUUCCGUCACAGGAUCAUCAACAGGGAACGCGCCCACUCAAGUCUCAUCACCCCCCGUUAGCAGCUGGAGCAAGCGUACAGAGGAGGGCUCUACUGCGCCAGCUUGGAACAUUCACCAGUAUGGGUACAUGGGAGGGGCUUCGCAGGGUAACCAAGGCAUCACGUUUGGCGGCCGGCGACAGAUCACGAGCCAAGCUCCCGACGUGCCUAGUCUGGCUGAGAAAGAGAAGCUGCGCCGAGGAAAAGAAGCGGAGGCGCUACGACAGCAGCAACAGGACGUGGAGCAGGAGGAGCAUGAACGGAUCACCGCCGCCGAGAACGAGGAGAAGGCGAGGCUAGAUGAGGCGCAAAGAUGGGAGGCGGAGGCGUUGCGCCAACGGGAAGAGGAACGAACGCGGAUCGAGCAGCAGAAACGUCAAUGGGAGGAAGAAGAGCGGAGAUGGAAAGAAGACGAAGAAGCUAGGCAACGCGAAGAGGUGAAAGCUGGUUCUAGUUCAAAUGGAUCUCACUCAAUACUGCGAGGUCAGACAAUGAGCCAGUACCGCGCCGAGCAAGCGAGUCUGACGAUCGAAUCACCGGAACAAAAGCGUGUGCGCGAACUAGAAAAGGAAUUGGAGGAAGCGAGAGAGAGGGAACGACAGUAUCAAGCAGAGCGCGAAGAGAGACUGCGCAAAGAUACAACCGGGCAGAAGCAACCUGAGACUGCUGAAGCCAAGAUCGUGCAGUCGCAAAGUGAGGGCGACUGGACAGGCGACGAGCGUGAUGCAUCGAGGCAGCAGUUGCAGAGUGCAAGGGACACAACACCGGUAAAACCUCCAGGCAUUGGUAGCACAAGACCUCUUCCUACGAAACCGGAGACUCCAUCUCGGUCGUUGCUCACGGACCCGCCUGCCACGAAGCCUGCGAGUACACCUGUAACGCCGCCAUCCAUACCGGCACGAAAUCCGCAACUUUCGUCGUUCACUUCCAAUAGAACGUCUAAUCGGUCUAUUUUCGCCAGAUCGCGCCCGGUCCCUAGCGUCGCCGACAACAUGUCUACUUCGGGAGCGAGCACACCCAACAGGACUGAGCAAUUCCUUGAAUCCAAUAACGCGCCGGCCGUCGCUGCUCCACGCAUCUCGGCGUCGAAUGAAGCAGGCGACUCGAGUCUCGAACAGGCACGCGAUCGCGAUGCGCGGGUCGCCUCGCAAGAAAAGACGAAAGCCGGUGCGUGGGCCAGCAAGUCCCUGCUGGAAAGAGAGAUGGAGCGAGAACGUGAGCGGCAGCGUGAGUGGGAGACCAACCAGCAAGCCCAGAAAGAAGUGCCUCGCGACACAACCCAAGGCACAGGACAGGGCCAGACCUGGGACGUUAACCAGUAUGGAUACCUUGGCGGCGAUAGUAUGAAUCGUGGUAGUGGGGUCGGAAGCGGUAUCAAUAUCGGAGGCAGGAGGCAGAUCAUCGGGCCUCGACCAAAGCCAUAGCGGACGAUCUGUUCCUUUGCUAGAUGGGGUCCAUUAAUGAAAGCUUCAGCUUCCACACUCGUGCAUUUUACCGCUGUGUUGUAUUUUUGUCCGCAAGUCUUCGAUGUUGAUUGAUCCAAAUGCAUGAUUUGUAUGUGUCACUCGAUCCUGGGUACCUCGCCCGAUUUGUUUCCAUGCGGCAACGAGGCGUUCGGCUUUCCUCUUUAGCCCCAUCUCCCAACCUUGUCAUUCUCUGCGAUGCAAUUGUAUGUUCUAGUUCGUCAAUCGGUAAACAC